UUUGGAUCCGGUUGAUAUGCAGUUUGUCUCUCCCAGUCCCAGGCUCAGCUCAUCUCAUUUAAAAGUACCCGUUUAGAGUGCGUCUCUGGUCUCUAGAAGUGAGCUUUUUUACUUCACAAAGAUGGAGAAGAAGAUGAACAGUGGUAGUAGUAGUACAAAAGCAUCUGCACCAGAGAUUUCAUGUUCUCCAUCAGUUUCAUUUCUACAAGCAUCAGUUUCAUUUCUACAAGCAUUUUCAGUCCAUCUCAUCUCUGCACUUGCUUUAGCAAUAGCUUUACUGGUGGUGGCUGACAAUCUCUGCUCUGUCAAUCUCGUCUCUGAUCCUUCACACACCCUUUUUCUCACAUGGGUUGUUGAGACUCCCAUUGUUAUUCUUGUUCACAGUUGGUUUCGAUUGAAUCCUGAACAAUGCUCGUACUUGAAAGGAGUGGGACGAGGCGCGUUGGCUCUACCUGUUGGAGCUCUAGUGAAUGCUCUUGGAGCAAUCGUUUUGGGCGCUCCUGUUGGUAUCCAGUACUUACCAAAGACCAUUAAUUGGUCUCUUCUUAUGUCAUCAUUCACAUUUGUGCCAGCAGCUUGUGUAUUUGGUUCGUCAUGGUCUCAUUGGCAACGUAUAUUUGCACAUUCUAAGCCGAUCGGAUCUUUAGAGUACAUGAUUUGCAUACCUGCACAUGGGGCUGUAAUUGCAGCUUGGUUUGGGGCUUGGCCUAUGCCACUGGACUGGGAAAGACCAUGGCAGGAAUGGCCAAUAUGUGUAACUUACGGAGCAAUGACUGGCUAUCUAGUCGGAAUGCUAGUAUCUCUUUGUUUUACCCUUGCACGUGGGGGACGGCAGCAUCUUAAAGGGGACUAACAUGCUAAAUAAGAAAAUAUCAAGUGUUGUAGCAGCAAGCUUAUGCUAUUUUACGAAUACUUAUUGAAUACGUAACUGUUGAUAUGCAGUCUUUUGCAUUCUGGCUGGACCGACUGGUCUCACCCUUUGCUUAAAGAGCGAUUGCUUAUAAAUGUAGGAAGGAUAAAUGAGUCAUUCUUUUAGAUCAUUAUAUGAAACUAAAUUUUCACUGGCA